GUGACCGGAGCGGCGGCGGUUGCUAGGCAACGGCGAGCCGCAGAGGUGGAGAGCGUCGGCCGCGGUGUGUGUGCAGAGGGCGGGGUCGGUUCCGCUGCAGUAGAAGAAUCAAAGGACUGGGAUAUGAAAUGAUGAUAUAAUUUGAUAUAGCCAAGAAACCACUUCUCCUGGGUCAGCAUGUUAAAAAAUAAGGGUCAUUCAUCUAAACAGGAUAACUUAGCAGUCACUGCAGUGGCUUUACAAGAUCACAUGUUACGUGAUCUUCAACUUGGAAAUCUUUCAAUAGCAGAUCAUUCUAAGACAAAGGACAAAUGUACAAAUGUACAUUCUUGGACAGAGAACAGAUCCAAGUCUCUAAAAAGAAAUACAAAAGCAACAAUAGAUACUGGACUUAAAAAAACCACACAAGGCCCUAAAGCGGAAGAUCCAGAAAAAGAAUACGUUCUUGAUCCAAAACCACCACCACUAACUUUAGCACAGAAGUUGGGCCUCUUUGAGCCUCCCCCAUUGCCACUGUCAUCAGAUGAAUGGGAAAAAGUGAAGCAGAGAUCCAUCCUGCAAGGGGAGUCCAUGCAGCCGUGCCCAAUAUGCAAAGAAGAAUUCGAACUUCGCCCGCAGGUGCUGCUUUCGUGUUCCCAUGUGUUCCACAGGGCAUGCCUUCAGGCUUUUGAAAAGUUCGGAAAUAAAAAAACCUGUCCUCUCUGUAGAAAGAACCAGUAUCAAACCAGAGUGAUUCACGACGGGGCCCGACUCUUCAGAAUAAAGUGUGCGACCAGGAUCCAGGCCUUCUGGAGGGGACACGUGGUCAGGAAGUGGUACCGGGAGCUGAGGAGGACGGUGCCGCCCACGGAUGCCAAGUUGAGGAGAAAGUUCUUUGAAGCAAAGUUCACAGAAAUCAGCCACCGCCUGCUGUGCUCUUACCACACGGACAUAGACGAGCUCUUCUCAGAGAUCGACCGCUGCCUGGCCCUCAACCGCAGCGUGCUGCAGCAGCUGGAGUACACAUGUGGCCACGAGCUCACGGAAGAGGACUGGGGGAAGAUCCAGACACAGGUAGGCUGUGCCCAGGACAGGACUCCCCGAGCGCUCGUCUGCCUCAGCCCGCUCUCCGUGGGCAGCCAGGCUCACCCGGCGCCCUCGUCACGGCACACGGUCCUCCUGUCCUGCUCACACGUGUUUCACCACACGUGUCUCCUUGCUCUGGAGGAGUUCUCCUUGGGGGACAGUUCUCCCUUCCACGUGUGUCCUCUCUGCCGCUCUUGCUAUCCAAAGAAAAUCCUUGAAUGUUGA